AUGAAGGCAUCUAUUCUCUUGUGGUGCCUUGGUGCGCUCACCUCGGCAGCCGCCGAUACCUUGGCAAGCCUGGCAAGCCUCCCCGACCACCCGAGAUUGAUGCUUACCCCCAGUCGCAUCAAGGAAGUGGCUUCCAUGAUCCGUCAGGACUCAUUCUACCGAGGCAUUAUUUGUUCACUGAAAGGCACAGCAGACGCCGCUGUUGCUACGCCAUUCAACAUAACUGAUGCUUCCAAAUGGGCCAGUACUACUCGCAUGCAGGUGGGUGCCGUGGCUGGAACGUUCCUGUUGCGAAAUAAGACCGUCUACUCGGAAUGGGUUAAAAAUACCAUUCUUACACUGUCAAACUUGCCUGAUUGGGAUCCCUCCAACUUCCUGGUCACCGCGGAUAUUGCCAUGACGGUCGCCAUCGGCUACGACUGGGUGUACGAUGAGCUUACACAGGAUCAGCGCAACACCAUUGAGCUUGCAGUUUCUAACAAGGCGUUUACUCCUGCUCUCACCGCUUCGCCCACCUCCUGGGUAUCCCACACCAACAACUGGGCUCAGGUGACACGCGGAUGUUUGGUUAUUGCUGCUCUGGCGGUUGGAGAUAAGAACCCUGCGCUUGCAAGCGAGAUAAUCGACUUCUCUAUGAAACAGCUCAACGUCUCUUUGGAGCAAUAUGCUCCUGAUGGAGCGUGGUUUGAGGGUCAUUCCUACGGCGCUUACACUGGAAUCUUCCUCUCCUUGAUGCUCAGGUCUAUGGAGACCGCAUUGGGCACUGACCUCGGGCUCUCCAACCUGCCUGGAGUCAGCAACUAUGGCGGCUGGCUCACUCAUGGCUUUGGACAGGCCGGAGGCUUCAGCUGGGCCGAUGGUAGCUGGCUUUUUGCAAACGCGAACACCUUGUGGAGCGUUGGCUACUUUGCGCAGCGCUUCAACAAGCCCGAAUGGCUCCAGACCAUGGUAUCCCACUUCAACACCGCGCAGCUGGCCUCGUUCCAGGCCUUUGUCUUUUACGAUUCCGCGCUCAUGACGCCCAGUCUCCUGCCCACCACAUCCCGGUCCAACCAGUUUAAGAAUGUCGCCGGCAUGACGCACCGCUCAUCCUGGACGGACACCAACGGCUGGUUCUUUGGCUUCAUGGGCGGCUUCAACGGCCGCUCGCACGGACACCUCGACGCCGGUUCUUUUGUAAUAGAAUACAAGGGCUACCGAUGGGCGCAGCUGCUGGGCUCGGACAGCUACAGCCUCACCGACUAUUUCCAUGCCCCGACUCGCUGGAAGUACUACCGCUGCAGGACCGAAGGUGCCAACACGCUGAGCAUCUCUACACAGAAGCAAACUGCGCUGAACUUCGCCAAUCAGAUUCCCUCUGCGAAUAACUCUCUGCGCUGGGUCGGUAGCUUUGACAAAGCCAGUCGUUUUGGUGUCGCCAACCUUACGCAGGCAUACUCCGACGUUGCAACUAGCGUUCUCCGCGGCGUGGUGCUUUUGAAUGAUCGCGUGCUUGUCGUCCGUGAUGAGGUGCGCGCCCAGCAGCCCGUCGAUAUUGCAACCAGUUGGCACACCACGGCUAAUGUCACAAUUAACAACAACCAAAGUGCUACUCUGGAGCAGGGUGGCAUAGCUAUGCACCUCACGGCGGUGUCCCCUCCCGGCGCAUAUUUCGAGCUGAUUGAUACGAAUCCGUGCAAUGCCUAUAGUCCUUGCGCAGAGAUGACCAAUCAAGGCAUCUACAACUUGGCAGUUAGACUGCCCAGCCUUACCACUGCGGCAAAUAUUUCCGUGGUUCUCUCGGAGAGCGGCACGGAAGCUACGGCGUUUGAUGUACCACUGAGCCAAUGGUAUGCGGACUGCCGAGAGGAUUGCUGGGAAUCUGAGAAUAUUCUGGACCCAUAUUGGCUCAGAAAUUCUGAAAUAUAUUACUAG